GCAUAAAACUCUGGGUCAUACUGAAGUGCGGGUUACGGCGGUGCUGUGCGAUGCCUCUGCACAAGUUCCCGGUCCGCCUCUGGAAGCAGCUGCAGAGGCAGGAGGGCAUCUGCUCACGCCUGCCCGCGCAUUUUCUGCGCUCCCUGGAGGACUCGCAGACACCUACCCCAGUCCAUUACCGGCCUCACGGGGCCAAAUUCAAGAUCAACCCCAAGAACGGGCAACGGGAGCGCGUAGAGGACGUGCCCAUCCCUAUUUACUAUCCUCCGGAAUCUCAAAAGGGGCUCUGGGGCGGCGAGGGAUGGAUCCUGGGCUACAGAUACGCCAACAACAACAAGCUUUCAAACAGGGUGAAGAAGGUGUGGAAGCCACAGCUAUUUCAGCGUGAGCUCUACAGUGAGAUCCUGGACAAGAAGUUCACUGUGACUGUAACCAUGCGUACCCUCGAUCUCAUUGAUGAAGCUUAUGGGUUUGACUUCUACAUCCUCAAGACCCCAAAGGAGGACCUGUGUUCCAAGUUCGGGAUGGACCUGAAACGAGGAAUGCUGCUAAGGCUCGCCCGGCAGGAUCCCCAGCUACAUCCAGAUGACCCUGAGCGGAGAAUGGCCAUCUACCACAAGUACAAGGAGUUUGUCAUCCCAGAGGAGGAGGCUGAGUGGGUUGGCCUUACACUAGAGGAGGCUGUGGAGAAGCAGAGGCUUCUGGAGGAGAAGGACCCUCUCCCUUCAGGACCCCAUCCCCCUCUUCAAGAUCUACGUGGAGGAGUUGAUUGAGCAGCUUCAGCAACAGGCACUGUCAGAGCCUGUGGUGGUGCAGAAGAGAGCCAGCGGGAAGUGACCAAACAGCCUCUGCAGUGCCUGACCACCAGGCUCAGCCUUUCUUGCUGGGUCUUUUAUCACUGUGGACACAGAACCUGGGAGGACCAUGAGGGCUGCCUGUGGGCAGUGGGUGAAUCUUGGUUCUUACAUGCUGGCUACACAGCUCCUGGGGGCACUUUUGUGGCUUCUACUAGGAUCUGCUAGAGGCCUAGCAGAGGCCCUUCCAGACUGGGGAAAACACCACAUAGCAUUUAUUGUCCCUGUGGCUCUGGGAGCAAGUAAAGUCUGAACCAGGCA